AUGGGAACAACGAACCUCACAGAAAUCGACGCCCAUGAGCAACCGUCUGACGAGAUGCGUGCUGAGUGGAAGAGUUUUAUGCGUCAAGAUCAUAUAAGCUUGCUCAACGACCCCCGUAUCGAUGAUCCACGCGCCCCUCUAGAAGAAUCUGGCUUUCGCAAAGUCUCAAUCAUCUCUAAAGAGCAACUUACUAAAAGCUUUGCUCGACUACACCCGGACCUGGCCUCUGAGGUCGAUAGUGAUGUCCAGGUCAUUCACCAUCCGCUGUUGCCAGGCCUGUUGAUCAUCCCCUCACUUUUGCCGCCAUCUGUGCAAAAGAGCUUACUGAAUCGUACGAUCCAUCGUGAUCUCAGCGUGCAGAACCACCAGACCAAUUUGCACCUACACUACAAACUACCAUACCCAGAAGGAAAAGAUCAAGAUGAGAAAUCCUUCUUCUCCAUCGACCCCGAAACACCUGCCUCGUUCAUACCAAAAGACCCCAACGUUCAUAAGCCGCUAUCCAUCAAGCAGGUCAUGCAACGAAAACUACACUGGGUAACUCUUGGUGGCCAGUAUGAUUGGACUAAUCGCAUUUACCCUCAAGAAUUGCCGCCGCAGUUCCCGACCGACAUCUCUCACUUGUUGAAGGACUUGUUCCCUGAGACUGAUGCACAGGCAGCCAUUCUCAACUUCUAUACACCAGGCGACACCAUGAUGAUGCACCGAGAUGUUAGCGAAGAGACAGACAAAGGACUCAUCAGCCUGAGCUUUGGCUGCGAUGGUCUUUUCAUGAUCGCCCCCAAUGACCUGAAACCAGGGACUGGAAGCGAUAUACCUGGCGAAAAGCAGUACCUGCUGUUGAGACUUAGAUCUGGUGACGCUAUUUACAUGACGCAUGAAUCAAGAUAUGCCUGGCACGGAGUGCCGAAAGUGCUCAAGGAUACAUGCCCUGCUUAUCUUGAAGAAUGGCCAGCUGGUGAAGAUGGCAAAUUUUUGGAAUGGCGAGGAUGGAUGAAAACCAAGAGGAUCAAUCUAAAUGUUCGCCAAAUGCGAGAUUGA